AUGAGGGUGCGUCAACUCAUAGCAACGGCGUUACUGCCACUCACUGCCCUAGCGGCGAAGAAGACUCCGGCCGAGCGAUUCGAUGCAGCAGUCGCGAAAGCACAACCCAUCAAUCUCGACGACAAGAGCUACGAUGCUCUCACCAAAGCUCCACGCGACUAUUCUGCUGCGAUCCUCUUGACUGCCAUGGACGCAAGAUUUGGAUGUCAAUUGUGUAACGAAUUCCAGCCAGAGUGGGAAUUGCUAGGAAAGUCAUGGACGAAGGGCGACAAGAAUAAGGAGUCGAGGCUGGUCUUUGGCACGCUGGACUUCAUGGACGGCAAGGGCACCUUCCAGUCGCUUCAACUGCAAACAGCACCAGUCCUGCUUCUCUUCCACCCAACUACUGGUCCACACGCCAGGCCGAACAAGCCGUUGGAGAGACUGGACUUCAACACCGGCAUCAACAAGGCCGAUACAGUCCACCACUGGCUUUCGCGCCAACUGCCAGACCGUCCUCACCCAGCUCUUGUUCGACCGAUCAACUACGUCAAGAUUGCAGUCACAGUCACCGCUGUACUUGGUGCUGGCACCUUCUUGACUGUCGCUGCGCCAUAUCUCCUGCCGAUUAUUCAGAACCGCAACCUAUGGGCAGCCAUCAGCUUGAUUGCUGUGCUUCUAUUCACAAGCGGACACAUGUUCAACCAUAUCAGGAAGGUGCCAUAUGUUCAGGCUGAUGGCAAGGGCGGCGUCAGCUACUUUGCAGGUGGCUUCCAGAGCCAGUUUGGUCUUGAGACACAGAUCGUUGCAGCCAUGUACGGAGUUCUCUCCUUCGCGACGAUCAGCCUUGCACUCAAGGUCCCGCGCAUGACAGACCCACGAGCACAACAGAUCGCAGUCUUCGUCUGGGGUGGUGUCAUCCUUGGCAUGUACUCCUUCCUACUCAGCGUCUUCCGCAUAAAGAACGGCGGCUACCCCUUCUGGCUGCCACCUUUCUAG